AUGGACGCUUCUGGUCGAGCUAUGGUGGAAGCCAUCCAUGCCAGCCCCACCCAAGCCGUGCUCCAUCUCUCCGGCGGCGCGUCUCAGGCGCUAGGAUGGCUGAUGUCUGUGCCAGGAGCUUCAAACACGGUCUUAGAAGCCGUCGUGCCUUAUUCCAGAAUGUCCAUGAUCCAGUUGCUGGGCAAGGUUCCAUCCCAAUUCGCCUGCCGGCAAACAGCAGAGGACAUGGCAUUGAUGGCUUAUAAUAGAGCUCUGAGACUUUCUCAGCCUGGGUUCCCGGCCCUUGGUGUGGGUUUUAGUGGUUCUCUUGCCAGCACACGUCCCAAGCUUGGAGAUCACAGGUUACACAUCACUUCUAUCAGAUUGCACCCACUAUUUUUGUAUCAUUUAUGUAUUUAUAUUAUAGAUUUCAAGUCCGGUAUGCCACACAUUGAGGCUUAUCUAUACGGCGUAUUCAGGUUUCAUGUAUCUACAAGGACAUCUGACAAGCUUUGGGCGUCUUCUGUUACUCUGUCAAAGGGUCUGCGAACUCGUGAAGAAGAAGAUACAGUUUCUAGUCAGUUUCUGUUGAAGGCAAUAGCAUAUGCUUGCAAGGUUCCAACAACUUUUAUUUCUGGAUUAGCUGAUUCAGAAAUUCCUAAUGAUUUUGAAGUGCAAUUUGAUGAAGACCAGGAGUUGGAGCAACUUAUCAGUGGGCAGAUAUGCUUUAAGGUUUACCCCUUUUCAAGUGCUAUGUCGAAGGCAGAAAGGAAAAUAAUAUUGUCCGGCUCUUUUAAUCCUUUGCAUGAUGGCCACCUGAAGCUCUUAGAAGUUGCAUCAAGUAUUCUUGGUGAAGGAUACCCAUGCUUUGAGCUGUCAGCAGUGAAUGCAGACAAACCUCCACUCACUUCGUCUCAGAUAAAACAUCGGAAGACCGUCAUAAUAUCCAACCAACCAUAUUUCUACAAGAAAGCUGAACUUUUCCCUGGUAGUGCUUUCGUAAUUGGUGCAGACACUGCAGCUAGGCUUAUCAAUCCAAAGUAUUAUGGUAACGACUACGGGAAAAUGUUGGAAAUUCUGUCCGGAUGCAAAAGCACCGGUUGUGUGUUCCUCGUCGGAGGUCGAAAUGUAGAUGGUGAUUUUCAGGUUCUUGAUGAUUUUUGUAUUCCUGAGGCGAUACGAGAUAUGUUUGUCUCAAUACCGCCAGAGAAAUUCCGCAUGGAUAUUUCAUCAACUGAAAUCAGAAAUAGUCGAGGACUGCCUUAA